AGGUAUUGUACCCUAGACGGCUGACGAUUGCUGCAAGUGUGAUCUGAGCGAGGGCUUAGAACACCCCAGUACAUCUGUAGAAGUGUUUUCAGAGUGUUUGAACCUCCUUAACCUUCUAUCAAAGUAAAGGUGCUGUCGGUGCCAGCCCGUGCCUGCUCCCAGUUUUUGAUAUUGUUCAUGCCUUGCAGGUGUAACAACAAACCGGGGCUGUUAAACUUAAACCAGCUGAGUUUAUCUGGCUGACUUAACCUUCCCCCAGAGCUGAAGGCACUCUGUUCACUAGCUCCUCAGACUCCGUGAGGAGGCAUCGAGGCUUGCCAUUUCUACCACAGCCCCAAUGCAAGAGGCACAGAACAUGGGCAGAGAUAGCUGCCUGCUUCUCGUGGCAGUGUUGAUGGGUCAUCUCUGCACUAAUUCUGCUAUACCAGAUGACGAGUGCCCCGAUGCCUCUCCUGCCCGGGAGAACUGUGAGUUUGACGAGGUGUGCGAGGACGCCAGCUGCAAGUACAACCAGUACGUGACCUGCCACCUCAACCGGUGUGGAACCUGCGAGGCCGUCUUCCGAGGCUUCGACAACCUGACGGUCAACUGCAACCAGUUGACGCCCAAAUGCCGCCUGCUGCGCCUGGAGAUGCUUCACAAGAGCCGGACAGCCAGCAGGCAGCCGGGCGGGAGGAGGGUCAACGACCUGUACGACCCCGAGUGCGAGAGGAACGGCACCUUCAAGGCCAAGCAGUGCGACGACUCCAACCUCUGCUGGUGCGUGGACAGCGCGGGGGUCAGGGUCACCGACAAGACCGGUGACGACCCCAAGUGCGGCCAGCUCAUCCGAGUCCACCUCAUUCAGAUCGAUUUCAGCUUCAAAGUCGAGUUUGUCUUCCUGAAGAUGAAGGAGGCAGCUGUUCGACGGAAGGUGGCCAUCAAGUUGGUGAAAGAGUACACUCUGAAGGCUACGCAGAUCCUAGAGAUCACGGUCCACGAGUUGUCCAGAGAGAUCUGCAUCCGGCUGAGUGAGAACGGGACCAAAGAUCCUGCCGACAUCUCCACUGUGGCAUACUACAUCGAGAGGGACCUGAAGACGAACAGGUUCACUCUGGAAGUGGACGGGAAGAGCUUGCAGGUGGAGAGGGAGUCAGUCCAGGUUUGGUUCUUUGACAACGAGCCUCCCCGGAUCAACAUGAAGUCCAUCUCGCCGGGCUUUGCAGCCAUCAUCAUCAUCAUUGCGCUGGCCAUUCUAACUGGGAUCGCAGUGUUUGUUGUGGUCAGAAGGAGAGCAAAGGAGGACUGGCAGAGGAUCCAAUUUGAAGUGAUUGAGCAGGGCCAGGAGUUGGAGCACCACCAGCUGGCUCAGAGGAUGGGUUUAGCACGUUAACCCUUGAGAAAUUAACUCGACCUUUUGGAUUCUCAGAACCAAGUCUUGCUUUUUGUAGCACCCAAGACCUUUUGUAGCUUCAGCAAGAGCCUCGAUUGUCACUCGUAUUGAUGAUCAAACUCCAGCAGAACAGAUCUAAAGAAGGUUGUGACCAAUGUCUCCAUUGCCAAGAAGCUUAGACAUCUUGCAGAUUAUUUAAUUAAACUGUUGUGAAGAUCUAUGUAGGGAUUCAGGUUCCUCACCCCAUGCACUCAUGUUUUUUUGAGCGAGACAUUUACUGGUUCCUGCUCUUUGCGGGUGAAAAUUCUCUUCUGGAGGGGCAGUAUUGGGCAAGUUUCCCACUCAUGCUAUGAAAUGGAAAAAUAAGGUUGGUUAUAAAUUCCUUCAGAGCUGCUCCGCAGUGCCAUAGAAGUCCUGAAUAAGCACGGAUUUCCUCCAGUGGGCAGAGAGCGCCUCCGGGAGACUUCUGGCUGAGAUAUUUCAACAUGAUAUGUGCUACAUUUUGUUUAAUAAUUGUUUUAAUCACUGUAAAAGGGCCUAUUAUGUGAUAAGUGUAGAUGCCAAUUUGUGAAAUAAAGACCAACAUAAAGGUCAAAAGUGCAGUCUUGGUACUUGAAGCACUCAGACUGCAGGGUUUAGCAGGAACUCAUCAAAAACAAAUGGGCUGUGAAAUUGGUGCCAGUUUGAGUUAAGUGAUGGUAAUGAGUCUAUUUAAAUACAGUGUUAACAUUAAAAGACAUUCACUACUCAUGAAAUGCACCUCUUUCACAUUGUAGAUUAUUUCAGUCAUCCCAAGGACAUUUCUAACAAAAUUAUGUGUCCUGGUUUCCACUGAACAUUUGUAAGAUUUUUAGAGUCAAACAAAAAUUACAAUGUAUCUCUCUAGGUCAGUCCCUUCCCACCUACAUCCAUGGUACUUCACAUGCUCUUGAUCUCAACAACUUUAAAUUCCUAGCCCUGAUUGCCUCAUUUUCACUAAGGAUGUCCAGUCCCCUGUACACUUCUAUCCUCCCCCCCCCCCACCCCAUUAAGAAGGCCAUAUAGCUCUUUGCCUGUCAACAACAGACCCUGACCAGUUCCCCUCCACCAGCACCCUCCUGUGUCUGGUACAACUGGUCCUCAACUUGAACAAUUUCACUUUCAGCUCCUCUCACUUUCUCCAAUCUUGAGGUGCAGCCAUGAGCACCCGUGUGGACCCCAGCUAUGCCUGCCUUUUCUUUGGCUACAUAGAACAGUCCAUGUUCGAAGCCUUCAUCGGAAAUGCGCCCCAACUCUUCCUUUGCUACACUGACGACUGCAUUGGUGCUACUUCAUGCACCCAUGCUGAGCUCGUCAAUUUCAUCAACUUUGCCUCCAACUUCCACCCACUUAAAUUCACUUGGUCCAUUUCUGACACCUCCCUCCCCUUUCUCAAUCUCUCUAUCUCCAUUUCUGGAGACAAACUAUCUACCGAUAUCAUUUACAAAUCUACCAAUGCCACUGUUAUCUUGACUACACCUCACCCUGUUUCCUGGAAAAGUGCUAUUCCUUUGUCUCCACAAUAUCUGUUGCCAGGACUAGGCUUUCCUUUCCAGGACAUUAGAAAUAUCAUCUUCAAAGAAUGGGGUUUCCUUUCCUCCUCCAUUGAUGCUGCCCUCACCCACAUUUCUUCCAUUUCCCCCCAUCAGCACUUACCCCAUCUUUCUACCACCUCUACAGGGAAUAGAGUUCCUCUUGUCAUCCCAUGAGCCUUUGCAUCCAACACACCAUUCUCCGCAACGUAUGCCAUCUUCACUUCUUUACCUCUCCCCCUCACCCCAUACUCUGCUUUCCCCAGGGAUUGCUUCCUCUGUGAUUUCCCUGUCCAUUCGAACCUCCCCACUAAUCUUCCUGGCACUUAUCCCUGCUGUGGCAGAAGUGCUACACACCUAUUCACUUUCUUUCUUACCUCCAGGUGAGGCAACACUUCGCCUGUGAAUCUGUUUGGGUCUUCUAUUGUGCCCAGUGCUCCUGAUGUGGCCUCUAUAUUGGUGAGACUCAAAGUAGGCUGGGAGACCCGUUUUGUCAAGCACCUUAGCUCCAUCUGCAAAAAACAGUAUUUCCUGGAGCAAACCAUUUUAAUUCCCAUUCCGGCAUGCCAGUCCAUGGCCUCCCCUCUGUCAUGAUGCCAUUCUCAGGUCGCUCAUUCUGACUCAGUAGCCUCCAUCCUGAUGGUAUGAAUGUCAUUUUCUCUGACCUCCAAUAAUUUUUCCCUCCUCCCCAUUUUCUCUUUUUCAAUUUUCUAUUCCCACUCUCACCUCUUUUCCUCACCUGCUUACCAUCCUCCCCCAGCACUCCUCUUGGUUCCCUUUUUCCCAUGGUUCACUCUCCUCUCCUUUCAGAGUUUUUUCUCUAGCCCUUUACCUUUUCCACCUAUCACCCCCUCGCUUGUACUCCUUCCCCUCCCCCACUUAUUCAGGCUUCUUCCCAUUUCUUUUCCAGUCCUGAUGAGGUGAAGGGUCUCGGCCUGAAACGUUUAUUCCUUACGCCGCCAGACAUACUGAGUUCCUUCAGUAUUUUCUCUGUGUUGCAAGGAAGUACGCAGAAGCUUUAGUGAGGGUGCAGAAGAAACUUACCAGGGUGCUGCCUGGAUUAGAGUGCAUGUCUAUUGUGACAGCCAGAGGCUUUUUCCCAUGGCAGAAAUAGCUAAUACGAGGGAGCAUAAUUAUAAGGUAAUUAGAGAAAUGUACGGGGGGGGUGGUAAUAUUAGAGAUAGUUUCCCCCCCACAUAGAGAGUGGUGGCUGCAUGAAACGUGCUGCCGGAGAUAGAUACAUCAGAGCUAUUUAAGAAACUCUUAGGUAGGCAAAUGGAUGAUAGAAAAAUGGAGGGCUAUGUGGGUAAAAUUGAUCUUAAAAUAAGUUAAAGAGUUAGUGCAACAUUUUGGGCUGAAGGGCCUGUACUGUACUUCCAUGCUAAGAAAAUACCUGUCAGGAGCGUUCCUUCCACAAGUACACAGACCUGCACCAGGUAGAAAUGUGGGACUGAGGUCCUAUCUUACAGAUGAGUGGUUAAAACAAAUCCUCUCUUGUGUUCAGAGGAAGCCUAGGGGAUGUGUACCAGACUAAUACUUAUGAGUGACUGUGUUAUGAAGAAAGAUUGGGUAGGCUAUGUCAGAGAAAGGGGGGGUGACGCAGUGGGAGAGAAUGACUGAAGUGAGACAUAGAAACAAAUUUAGACCAUGGGACGAAUCUCAUGUGGAUAGGGUGGGGAAGAAAGCUUUUGGUAUGCUGGCCUUUAUAAAUCAGAGCAUUGAGUAUAGCAGUUGGGAUGUAAUGUUAAAAUUGUACAAGGCAUUAGUGAGGCCAAAUUUGGAGUAUUGUGUACAGAUCUGGUCACUGAAUUAUAGGAAAGAUGUCAACAAAAUAGAGAGAGUACAGAGGAGAUCUACUAGAAUGUUACCUGGGUUUCAGCACCUAAGUUACAGAGAAAGAUUGAACAAGUUAGGUCUUUAUUUUUUGGAGCGUAGAAAGUUGAGGGGGGACUUGAUAGAGGUAUUUCAAAUCAUGAGGGGGAUAGAUAGAGCUGACAUGGAUAGGCUUUUUCCAUUGAGAGUAGGGGAUAUUCAAACAAGAGGACUUGAGUUGAGAGUUAGGGGACAAAAGUUUAGGGGUAACACAAGGGGGAACUUCUUUACUCAGAGAGUGGUAGCUGUGUGGAACGAGCUUCCAGUAGAAGUGGUAGAGGCAGGUUUGACAUUGCCAUUUAAAAAAAAAAAUUGGACAGGUAUAUGGACAGGAAAGGAAUGGAGGGUUACAGGCUGAGUGCAGGUCAGUGGGACUAGGUGAGACCAAGCGUUCGGCACGGACUAGAAGGGCCGAGGUGGCCUGUUUCCGAGCUGUAUUUGUUAUAUGGUUAAUUAUUCAGCAUGGACUAGAUGGGCCAAAGAUCUGUUUUUGUGUUGUAGGGCAGAAAGUUCUGUGAGAUGGGCAGAGAAAAGUUUUUAGGCAGAGAAUGGUGGGUGACCGGAAAAGAACUAUCAGGUUAGUGAUAGUGAGCUAGUGAGGUUUAAGAGGCUGUUAGAUACAGGAAUCUGCAAGCAGAAGGGAUUAGAUUAAUUUGGCAACACAUAGAAAAUACUGGAGCAACUCAACAAAUCUAUGGAGGGAACAGUCAACGUUUUGGACUGAGAUCCUUAAUCAGGACCGUUUAAUUCUGCACUGUGUUUGGCACAGACAUCAUGGGCCGAAGGCCUGUUCUUAUGCUGGGCAUGUUCUAUGAGAGAAUUUAGAACCAAGGACACUGUUUAAAAUUAGAGUUUUCCUCAAAGACAGAAACAAGGCACUGUUCAUUCUCUGAGGGUCAUCUGCUUCUACUGCCUUUUGUGGAGGAGAAUCUUUAACUAUUUUUAAGGCAUUGGUAGUUAAACACUUUGUGAAAUGUCUAGAACCCAACUCCAGCCUCCAACUCAACCUCACUCCCAACAAACCAGGCAGCACGUAGUGCAGUAGGCAGUAGGUUAAUGCAUUGCUUUACAGUGCCAGCUGUCGCUGAUCUGGGUUCAAUUCCCGCUGCUGUCUGUAAGGAGUUUCUACGUUCUCCCUGUGACUGCGAGGGUUUCCUCCAGGUGCUUCAGUUUUUUCCCGCAUUUCAAAGUACGGGUUAGGCUUAGUGAGUUGUGGGAAAGCUAUGAUGGCACCACACGGGGGCUGCCCAGCACACUCCUCUCAGAUUUUGUUUGUCAUUAAUGAUACAUUUCACUGGAUGUUUCAAUGUACAAGUGACAAAUAAAACUAAAAGCAAAAAAGGCUAAAAAAAAACCAGAGCAAAGCCACAUACUCUGUAUCUUCAAACAUCACUGAAACCAGCCCUGUAUACAUCAAGUCUAUUUCCAUUUACACCAGUCCCAUUUUAUCUUCAUAAUUUCCCUCAAAAUCCUCCGAUUUUACCACUCUUUUACACACUGGGACACUUUACCAAUCUGCGUGUCUUUAAGAUGUGGGAGGAAACCUGUGCGGUACAGCCAGAAUGUGGGAACUCCACUCUGCUAUCACUCAAUGUCAGGAUAGACAUGGGAAAGCAGCAUCCAUCUUCAGGGACCUCCACAACUCCAGGUCAUGCUCUACUCACUUUUGCUACCAGGAAGAAUUUCAGAACUCACACCACCUGGUUCAGGAACAGUUACUAGCCUUCAACCAUCAGGCUCACUUUCAAGAGCUCUUCAUCUUAUGUUCUUGAUAUUUAUUGUUUAUUUAUUUAAUAUUACUUUUUACUUUUGUAUUUGCAGUUUGCUCUUUUGCAUACUAGCUGAACAGCCAAGUAGGGUGCUGACUUUCAUUCACUCUAUUAUGAUUAUUGGAUUUACUGUGCAUCCCUCCAAAAACAAACCCCAGGGUUGUAUAUGUACUUCAAUAAAUUUGUUUGGAACUUUGAACCUGGGUCACAGGAGCUCCACCUGCUGCCACUGUGCUCCCACGGGUUGAUAUGCUUCAGCUACUUUGAAAUUCUCUCCCUUAAUCCCUUUGAACAAUUGCCCUUGUCAAUCACUGCCAUUUACCUUCACCUCUGACCCCUGAACUCUUCCACUGCAUUGUAAAUAUUCAAGCUGUUAGUUCAGCACUGAAAACCAUGUCAAACAUUAACAGACCUCCUCUAACACGUCCCUUAGGCUAAGCCUCAAUGAGGACCAGCACAAUCAGCAUCUCCAAAAGCACAGGCUUCACGUUAACAGUGUUCUGCUUUGUAGUUACAAUAAUUAACAAAGGUCAGCUUUCAGGAUUCAUUAGCAAGUUUAAUGACUUAAAAGUCAUAUCGCACUUUACGUGAGCCUAACAUUUUAUUAAUUGUCGCUUUGCCCAUAACCACAAGAAAUUACAGAAAAUUGUGGACACAUUUUAGUAGGCCAGAUUAGAUUAAUUUUACUUGUCAUAUGUAUUAUGCCUUGGAAAGGUAUUCAUCCCCCUUUGCCCAAGACUUAGUCGAACCACCUCACAGCUAUUACAGCCAGCAGUCAUUUUGGAUAAGUCUCUAUUAGCUUUGCAUAACGUAAUGGAGCAAGAUAUACCCAUUUCUCCUUGCAAAAUUGCUCAAGUUGUGUCAGGUCAGUUGGGGAGUGGUGGUGGUGGACAGCAAUCUUGAGGUCUCGCCAGAGAUGUUUGAGUUAAGGUCAGGACUCUGACUGGGCCAGUCAAGGACAUUAAUUUUCUUCAUCUGAAGCCACUCUGUAGUUGCUCUUACAGAGUGCUUUGGGUCAUUGUCCUGCUGAAAGAUCAACUUACUUCCCGGUUUAAGCUUUCUGGCAGGUUUUUAUCCAGGACCUCUGUAUUUUGCAGGAUUCAUCUCCCCAUCAAUCCUGACCAAAUUUCCAGUUCCUGCUGCUUAAAAGCAUCCCCAUAGCAUGAUGCUACCUCCACCAUACUUUACCCUAGGGAUGAUGUUACCUGGUUGAUGUGCAGUGUUAGAUUCAUGCCACAAGUACCACUUAGUGUUGAGGCCAGAAAGUUCCAAUUUAGUCACAAGACCUUCUUCCAAUCUUUACAGUAUCUUCUAAGUGACACUUUGCAAAGUGUUUACAGGCAAGGAUAUGCUUUUUCUUUAGCCAGGGCUUCUUCCUUGCCACUCUUCCAUAAGUACUGAUAUUUCUGAAAGGCCUUAGAGAUUGUGGAGCCAUGAACUUCAUCUCUAGUUGCAGGCAGACUUUAGCAGCUUACUCACCAGAGUCAUUAACUGUUGGCAUCACAACAGCCUCUCUUUCAAAUGCCAUUCUUCUCCAGCAACUGAGUUGAGGGGCAGCCUUACCAAGGCAGUGUGACUGCAGCUUCAUGUUUUUCCACUUUUUCGUGAUAGUCUUUCUUGAAUUUCGAUGUGCAGUAUUUUCCAAAGCCUUAGAGAUGGUCUUGUACCCAUCCCCAGAUUUGUGGUUUUCAUAUCAUUUCUCUGACUUGUCCUGAAUUCUCUUUUGUCUUCAUUUUGGUUUGAUCUGUUGAAAAUCUACUACACUGUUGGACCUUACAGAGAGAGGUGAUUAUCCAAUUCUCUACUUCAACAAAUUGAAUGAGUUGGUAAGGUAAUAUAUUGCACCCGAGGAACGUCAGUAUUGUUAUUACAAAAGGGAUGAAUACUUUUCAGUCUCAAUUUUGUUUUUUAAUUUUUAGUAAACUGGAAUUUUUCUUUUGAUUUGACUUGAUGCACAAUGCUUUGUAGAUUAGCUAAAAAAAAUCCUACAAUAUAUUUUAAAUUCAGAAUAUGAGACAGUAAAAUGUGAAAAUAGUUGUGGGGGCUGAAUACCUUUUCAAGGCAUUGUACAUCGAAACAUCCAGCAAAAUGCGAUGUUUGCGUCAAAUCAAAUCAGUGAGGAUUGCAAGUGUUGCCAUGCUUCUGACACCAAUAUAUCAUGUCUACAACUCACUAACCCUUAUGUCUGUGAAAUGUAGGAGGAAACCUGUGUGGUCAUGGGGAAAACAUACAACUCCUUAAAGGCAGCAGUGGGAAUUGAACCCUGAUCAAUGAUUGUUGGCACUGUAAAGCAAUGUGAUAACUGCUAUGCUAGUGUGUCACCCACCAAAACCAGCCUUUCCUCCAUGGACCCUAUCUGCACUUCUCACUGCCUCAGUAAAACAGCCAACAGAAUGAAGGACCCCACCAACCCCAAUCUCUUCUCCCCUCUCCAUCAGACAGAAAUACAAAAGUCUAAUGCAUGCAACACCAGGCUGAAGAACAGCUUUUAUCUGUCAUCAGACUCUACCUCAUUAUGGUUCUUAUAGCCUGCUGUCUGCUUGCACUGUACUUUCUCUGUAACUACAACACCUUUAUUGUUUUUCCCCUUAUAAUACUUAAAUGCAUUGUUGUAAUGUAAUACUCUGUAUUGACAGCAUGCAAAAAUGUUUUCACUGUACCUUGGUACAUAUUGAGGGACCCCAACAGUCCUUCCAGAUGAGGCAACACUUCACCUGCAGACCUGCUGGGGGUCAUCUAUCGUGCCCGGUGCUCCCGAUGCAGCCUCCUCUACAUUGUGAGACCCGUUGUAAAUUAGGGGUCCGCUUUGUCGAACACCUCCCCUCUAUUUGCUAAGAGCGGAACUUCAUGGUAGCCAAAUGUUUUAAUUCAGAUUCCCAUUCCAACGUGUCAGUCCGUGACCUUCUCUUGUGCCACAAUGAGGCCACACUCAGGGUGGAGCAGCAACAUCUUACAUUCUGUCCGGGUAGCCUCCAACCUGAUGGCAUGAAAGUUGAUUUCUCCUUCUCCUAAAAACAAAUUCACCUUCUCCUCCACUCUUCUUCUAUUCCCCACCCUGGCCUCUUGCUUCUUCUCACCUGCAUAUCACCUCCCUCCCUUUCUUCCAUGGGUCCACUCUCCUCUCCUAUCAGAUCCCUUCCUCUCCAGCCCUUUACCUUUCCUACCUGGCUUCACCUAUCACCUUCUAGAUAUCCUCCUGCCCCCUCCCCCCACCCUCUUCAGCCCUGAGGAAGGGUCUCAGCUCCAAACAUCAAUUGUUUACUCAUUUCUAUAGAUGCUACCUGACCUCCUGAGUUCCUCCAGCAUUUUGUGCGUGUGCUUUAGUUUUUCAGCAUCUGCAGAAUUUCUCAAGUAUAUGAUUAGCCCAUUCAGCCCAUCGUGUUUGCUCUGCGAUUCCAUCAUGGCUGAUCUCCCUCUAAAUCUCAUUCUCCUGUCUUCUCCCCAUAGGCUUUGAAACCCUUACUAAUCAAGAACCUAAUGAACUCCACUUUAAAUAUAACCAAUGACUUGGCCACCAGGCACCUGUGGCAGUAAAUCCCACUGAUUAACCACCCUCUGGCCAAAGAAAUUCCUUCUCACCGCUGUACUAAAGGGAUGACCCUCUAUCCUGAGACUGUGCCCUCUAUUCCCAGGCACCCCCCCAACUAUUGGAAACAUUUUUCCUAUGUCCACUCUAUCUAGCCCUUUCAGUAUUCAGAAGGUUUCAACUAGAUCUCGCUCAUUCUUUUAAACUCCAAACUAAUUUGCCACUUUACCAUUCAGUAAGAAGUUGAACUAUCUUCAGGCAGGACAGCUUGUUGGGAAAAAAGUUGAUUUUCUUGGAUCUUAAUUCAUAGAAAAUAAUCCAGAAAAAUAAAUUUAGCAUUUCCUGCUGUAUCGGCUCUUAAUCAGUAGUGUUACCCCUCCCUAUCCCACAACUUCCCCAUCACCCUAUAAUCUUCCCAAGUAUUUUUGUCCACAAGGAAUAGGAUCAGGAGAAGUCCAUUCAAAACCUCAAACCCGCCUCACUGUUUAACCUGAUAAAGUUUUAUCUGCUCCAAGCCUCAUCUCUAGCAACACAGAAUCAGGCCAUUUGCCCCCUCAAGUUUGCUCUGUCAUUCCAUUUAUUAUCAAAUUCUGCUUUAAAUACACCCAAUGACUUGAUGAAACAAUCCAGUAGUUUCUGUAGUGGACUCAUGAGUGGUGGGAGCUGAAUUGUAAUGUUCUGCAGGGAUCAUUUUCGCUAAUAGUGAAAAGAGUCACAUACCACCAGAACGGUCCCAGCAAUGAAAGUCUCCUCCAGUAUGGGGGUGGGGGGAGUGGAUGGCUUUCCUGGUAAGCUUGCUUCUGGGCCUGGCCCAGAUGUCCAUUCGUGGAUCCGGGUAGUGGGCAGUCAAGACCUUUGCUCAAGCUAACUGCCUGCCCCUCUUCCAGGGCUACGGUCGUGUCCGUAUGUUCUUGGAGAGGGAGGAUCCAAAUUACAAUGGGCACAGAGGAGGAUUUCCAAGAACAGUGGGCCACCAAGAAAUGUAGCAUUUUGCAGACAAUAGCAAUCCUAUUUUAAUUUGAAAUUGUCAAUAGUUUUGUAAACCUCUGAUUACUAUAUGUAUUUUGUAAGUGAAUAAACUUGUGUAUGUUUGUUAAAAA